CGGUCGCUUGCGGGUUUGGCGCACUACAGAGGAAGUGGAGUGUUUUGGACGUCCUUUGAAAGUCCAGCGCACGCAAGGAAAAACAAACUUUUUGUCCGGAAAGACUCGUUUUGGAAUUUUAAACCCGCUUUUCAGGGGAGAUGUAAACUUUUGGGGUCGGCAUGGCGGAUGUUGAAACCCAGGUUUUAUUUCUAAAUUCACUUUUUCGUCACAUCAGUCUCAGUCGACUACCGGUGUCAUAAUAUAUCGUCGAUAUAUCGAAGGCAAUGGCGCGUGAAAGCGGUAUUUUCGGAGCUGUGGAGUUGAUUAAAGAGCGAUUAUAUUUUGCAACUCUUCGAGGAAAACCGAAAAGUACAGCGAACGCGCACUACUUCUCCACGGACGAUGAGUUUGUCUAUGAAAACUUCUAUGCAGACUUCGGUCCUCUCAAUCUGGCCAUGCUGUAUCGAUACUGCUGUAAACUGAACAAAAAGCUCAAGUCUUUCACUCUUUCCAGGAAGCGCAUCAUUCAUUACACCAGCUACAACCAACACAAGAGAGCCAACGCCGCCUUCUUGAUCGGCGCCUACGCUGUAAUAUACUUAAAGAGAACUCCAGAGGAAGUCUACCGAGCCCUGGUAUCUGGGACUAAUGUAUCCUACCUGCCCUUUAGAGAUGCUGCCUUUGGGAACUGCACCUACAACCUGACCAUCUUGGACUGUUUACAAGGAAUCCGUAAGGCCCUGCAGCAUGGGUUCUUCGACUUUGAAGCGUUUGACGUUGAGGAAUACGAGCACUAUGAGCGUGUAGAAAAUGGUGAUUUUAAUUGGAUCGUGCCAGGGAAGCUGCUGGCCUUCAGUGGGCCUCAUCCCAAGAGCAAAAUCGAGAAUGGUUUCCCUCUCCACGCUCCAGAAGAGUACUUCCCCUACUUCCGCCAGCACGAUGUCAGCGACGUGGUCCGGCUCAACGGGAAGAUGUACGAGGGAUGUCGCUUUACGGACGCCGGCUUUGCACACCACGAUCUGUUCUUUGUGGACGGUGGCACGCCAAGCGACCUCAUCAUCCGCCGCUUCCUGCACAUCUGCGAAACAGCCGAGGGUGCUGUCGCCGUCCAUUGUAAAGCUGGCCUGGGCAGGACGGGCACCCUGAUCGGCUGCUACCUCAUGAAGCAUUACUGCUUCACUGCUGCAGAGGCCAUCGCCUGGAUUCGCAUCUGCAGGCCUGGCUCGGUCAUCGGGCCCCAGCAGAACUUUCUGGAAGAAAAACAGCACAGCAUGUGGAUGGACGGGGAUUUGUACCGUUCCAAGCGGCCGCGGCAGUUCCCGGAGAGAGACCUGUCUCACCUCAUCUCCAGCCUGGACGACGUUUCUCUCAGCAGCACCAGCCUGAACGCUCAAAGCAUCGAUGAGAAUGACUUCAUGGACAAUAAUAUGGGAUUAACUCAGGGCGACAAACUCCGAGCAUUAAAGUGUCGACGUCCUCUCAGGUCUCCGUCCACUCUCAGUGGGUUACGUCCGAUACCUGGCACCGUUUCUCCCUCAAAGUCUUCCAAAGCUUCUCCUCCUUUCUCUGGCAGCCCUGUAACGAGGAGACUGGCACGAAGCCCCUCGUCCGCUGGAAACAUGAAGAGCUUUAAACCCAGCUUGGCCCGCUCUCUCGGUAACCUUUACAGCCUGGACGACUUCGUAGACGAGGACGACAUGUCCACACCCUCCUACCCGUCCCCUCCUCCUGCAUCAUUCUCUCCAUCUUCGCUCCUCCCGUCCGGCCCUCCUCCACCCCGCUUCGGUUUUGGGUACCCCAUCCCAAGUUUCCAACAGGAAGUUAACAGCAACCUCAGCAAUCCUCCUGCUCAUGCGCUCAGGCCUGUGAUGAGAGGAGCCUUCAGGCCAAACCCCAGAGUUCCCGUUCCGGGCGCGCUUGCAAGCCGCCAUCUUAGUCGCUCUAUUCCUUCCCUUCAGUCCAAAUAUGCAAAGUACUAAAGCUGCAGCGAUCUCCGGCUCAUCGACUGGAAGAAAACCUCGUCAACAUGCGACUAAACGUCUCGUGGAGCAUUAGGUUCAGCAGGCAUGACUGCGACGUGCUACGGCAACCAAAGAAAUCCUUGGUUCAUUGGUUUGAUUUGAUUUCAAAACUUCACAAUGUCCAUUCACACUUCUUUUUUUUUUUUUUUUUUUUUUUAAGUCUUGGAAUAUAUUUGACGUUGAGUAUCGUUAGUCUGACUGAAGGCUCUUGAGUUUUACUUACCUCAUCUCGGGGCAGAAAGAAGUGGGGUCAGUUAUGUGUGACUAAUCAAACUUUUUUUUUUUUUUUUUUUUAAUUCCUGAUAUUUUAAACACGGACAUCAUAUAAAAGUUACAAAUAUCAAACAGUGAACAUAAACCGUAUAUCUGCUUGAAAAAUGAAGAGUCCCACUGCUUUUGUUGUCUUCAAAUGAGCCAAUUUAUUUCCUGUACAUAACAUUUCCCGUUAUACGAGGGCUGCCAUGUUUAGAUCACGUGACCACAGGUGCUGUCGAAGAAGUCCGUUUGCUCAGUCGCUGGCUGCUGUUCUCGUCCCACCAACAUGGUGAAGCAGUGUCGUUAGAUAAAGGAGAAAAUGAUCAGACAGGCUCACUGGUGUGAAUUUGAAUGUAAACCAUUUUAAGAACCUGAAAAUUCUUCAGGACAGAGGAGUUUAGCAGUUUCUCUGUUACAGGACCAGCUAUGUUUGUUUGUUUUGUUUUUGUUUUUAAUUUUAGGAAUUCCAAGAGAGAGGGUGGUGAUGAUGGAAUGACUGUUUGUAGCUGCUAUAAUGUGAGAACAGGACGUGGAACAUCCACAAGACAUGUAAAUGUAAAAGGAAUAAAACACUUUAGGAUGUGCUGUUAUUUCUUGUGUAAAGUGUGUGGUACAAACAGUUAUAAUACAUGUAUCAUAAAAUAUAAUGUAAAAUAAAAAAAUAUAUAAUGAUAAACCAGAUUCUGCCAUUUCUUUGGUUUUAGCCCCAGGACUAAAUGUGAUUCUUUCUGCCCAAAAAUGAGGUUUAGGCUAAAUAAAACUCCAGUGAGCUGUACUGUGUGUGGGGGGACAUGGACACGGACACCUGCAUCACAACUGAUCCUCACGUUUUGUUACGACUCUGUAAAGACGUUGAUUUGUACAACAUAUUUUUGUACAGAUAGUAAACGCUUGUG